UCUCUGUCUCCCCUCACAUUCUGUUCUCUUCCUCAUUUUUCGGGGAGAGCUGCUAUCUCUGGCAGUUUGCCGCAUGGUCGCUAAAAACUCAUCUGCUUUCCGGACUCUUCAACACGGCCGCACGGACACAUGCCACACGGAUGGAACGGCAUUCGCCGGACCGCAAAGCAGCGGGUCACUGGAGAUCGAGGCGUCAUUCCUGCAGCAAGGGAUUUCUCACUCCAAUGUAACUGAGAGCAAGAGGAGCGAUAAGUGCGCAUCCUCGGCACGCGAAGAUUGAACCACUUGGCUGUAUGACGGAGUCCAGAUUUUAGCAACACGUCCGCGCAGGAAAACCAACUCCUCUGAGACUCCAUUGUGGCGGUCUAAUAAUGGCUAUCAGGGAGAUGUUGUAGAAGAGUUUGGCACUCCGAAGAGCAUCCGAACUUUUCUUAAUUUGUAUUUAUAGGACUAUAUACUAUUUCCUUGUUUGGGUCCUCGCACGGGACUUCAAUGCCGGUUCCUGAGUAGGCACAGCCCAAUUCACCCCCCUCAUGGAACGCUCAGCAUCUUUGGAUAUAGAAGCGCUCAAGAUGACUCAGGAGCAGUAUAUCCUGGCAGCGCAGCCGAACUCUCUGCACCAGCGGGGGUCGUCGGUAUGCGGAGCCCAAGUGUACCCCGCGGUGGGAAUCUACGGCUGGAGGAAAAGAUGCUUGUACUUCUUCAUUCUCCUUCUUGUCGUCACCAUGAUUGUCAACCUGGCGCUGACCAUCUGGAUCCUCAAAGUCAUGAAUUUCACUCCGGAAGGAAUGGGCAAUCUGCGUGUCACCAAAGAAGGGGUGAGACUGGAGGGGGUGUCUGAGUUCCUAUUGCCUUUAUACGUCAAAGAGAUCCAGUCCCGAAGGGACAGUCCAUUGAUCAUGCAGUCGGAUAGAAAUGUGACUAUCAAUGCUCGGACCGAUGACGGACAACUGACUGGUCAACUUACAGUGGGCGCUGAAAUGGUGGAGGUUCAGUGUCAGAGGUUUGAGGUGAAGAGUGUCGAUGGAGAGAGAGUUCUCUUCUCCGCAGAUGAAGAGGAGAUCAGCAUCGGCACCGAGAAACUUCGAGUGACAGGGUCAGAAGGAGUUGUGUUCAGCCAUUCCGUACAGACAUCACACGUGAGGGCUGAGCCAUUCCAGGAUUUAAAGCUUGAGUCCCCAACCCGGACCCUAACUCUUGAGGCGCCCCGAGGUGUGGAGGUGAAUGCUGGGGUUGGAGACUUCACGGCGUCAUGUCGAAAAGACCUCCUGCUGCAGUCCUCAGAAGGAGAGAUCUUUCUAGAUGCAAACACCAUCCGGCUGGGCAACAUUCCCCUUGGCAGUGCAGUGGACCCACUGGAAGGUGCGGCAGCAGGUACCACCUACACCAAACAGACAGGCGUGUACGAACUGUGUGCCUGCGCAAACGGCAAGCUCUACCUUUCCCCUGCUGAGAGAGGCUCCACCUGCCAAACAACAAGUAACUUUUGCCUCUGGAGCUGAAAGUUCGACGGAAAGCUAGAAACAAUGGACCAUUUGGAGAGAAGCUAACGCUAGCCAACGAAUUGAAUGAAAAUGAAUCUUAACAGGUGGUAAAGCUAUUGCAAGUCAAAAGACCAGUUGUCAUAGACUGAAACAUGGCAAGUCAUAUAAUGAAUACGAUAUUGGCAGCACCAGUCAUCGUGGGACCGUUCCAACUAAAGAACUGAAUCAACAAGGGUGAAAGAGAGAAUCGACCACCAGCUCCGUUACCUACUAAGAUGGUUUGGACGGGCACGACGUGUUAGUCAACAGAAUGGCUGAAUUUAGUGGAAAUGACACAGUCAGUUCAAGGUGUCACGCUAUGAACAUGGAUGUUCCACAACCGUACUCUGUCGGACUACAAGAUAUCUAUGCCCGUGUGGCUUUUACAUUUUCAAAAGUGGUCAUCUGACAAAAGCUGCAAGUUGAAAGGAAGUGUAGUGUUCAUCGAACGACCAAGAAGCUAGCGGUAAUGACUGUAACCUCACCAGCAGGAACACGGACAAGGACCUUGGGUAAACCUCAACUGAGGAUCAUGUGUUCAAGCUGUGGGUAGUUCCCACUUUUGGUUUAAUCAAGUGGGAAGAUGAGGUUAGCUCCUGGACCAAGCUAUACCAGAAAGGCCUUCCCCUUCCCUUCCCUGCUGGAAUUUCCACACAAAUGUUAAAAGUAUGACUGAACCCCACAAGCCUCCAAUCACAUUCACUCUUUUCAGUCACAUAAUAGUGUCACGACUAAGGAUAAUGAGUUGCGCUUCACCUUUCACAUCACAGUCUCUGUGUAUCAUGAGAUUUUUUUUCACUUCUACUUGAAUUAUUCCACGACUUUUCCAUUUUCAUUCACUAUUUAUGACAAUUUAAGUUGAAAGUGUUUUGAAGAAUACAGUCAUCUGCCAAUGCAACAGUAGUAUUGUGUCCAUGAUUUUUUUCUUUCUUUCUUUCCUUCUUCUCGACCACAACAGGGUAAAACCAGUUCCGGUAUCAUAAUCGGACUUUAAAGAUGUGUUGGUUUUCUCGUUAGGACCACAAAAAAAAGACACAAUACUGAUUAAUUCGGCAACAACAAAACAUUGGCCAGUCAAUUUGGCAUCAAGUCAUGUUUAAGAAUUAUAAUGGCCAAAUGGAUGUUUGAUAGUGUGAGUGUCUUCACAAAAUACGUCACAGUCUACAGCUUGUUGCCAGGCAACCAUAAAUACAAUGUGAAUACAGCCAAAGAGUCUCUCCCCUGGAGUCCCUUUUUCCACCAAUUAUGCUUUCUGUAAUUGCUGUAUAUUUUUCUGUAUUUUUUUUCAGUCUGCUUCAUUUCAGUGUGUUACACAAUUAUAACCAGUAACCAAUCACUAUCUUCUCACCCCACAGUAUUCACUAUUCCUUUUUCAUUUCUGUAUUUAUCUGUUGCUCAUGUGAUAUGCUACUAUACUAAAUCAGCCAAUGUCUUGGGAAACCUGUAAAAAUUAUUUCCUCAGUGGUGGGACCCCCUGAAUCUUAAUUCUUCAUCUUCAUUUGGUAUAAUCCGAUUCUGACUUUGUGGGACAUUUUGUGGAAAACCCUUUUCAGUGCUGGCACGUCAUGGUGAGAUUAAUUUGGUCUGGGAGAACAUCAAACACCUUUGGGAUAAAUUGUGUGCAACCCCAAGAGAGUCGUUUUAGCUGCAACUUCUACAUUGUGGCUUUGCAAACAUGUUUCAUUUAUCCUGCCUAACCCUUCAACAGCUCUGCAAUCUAAAAACAAAAACAA